UCUACCAUGAACCCACUCGAAAGAAAAGUCAAGCAGGAGGCCGAGGAAGAUGGCUACUCAUCGUUCGACGAGUUCCCCGCCGGAGCCAUCCGCAUCCCGUACGAAGAGCUGAUGGCAAAAGUUCGAGCCAAGAAAGCAGAAGCAGAAGCUGCUCAAGAUCUUGUGAAUGAGAAUUCUUUUGACCAGUUUGUGGCUGCUCCACCAGCUCCACCAGUCCAGAAGCCUGCUGUUGAGCCAAGCCCAUCAUGCUCCCCAGAAACUGUUGCCGUUCAGAAAUUUGUAACAGAAUUCAUGCAGGCUGCUGGAGGAUCGAGGGAGCUGAGAAUCAUAAAAGAUUCCCAGGAGACAAAGAUUGUCUGGAAAACUUCUCCUGCAAAGCCUAAGGCUCCCCCGGUUGAGGAUGAUCCGACUGACCCGACUGACAGCCAGGUAUCAACUGUUUCGAGCAUCAUCCCAGUCUCCUCGCCACGCGGAAAACGGAGAAUUGUGGUCUCCUCGGAUAAGGAUAGCGACGGAGACGAGACCCCAACCGAGGACAAUGUGAAUAAUGAUGAUCAGGACGUGACUCCGAAGAAGAAUAGAAAGCCUCCAGUUGAAGUGGUUACUCCAUCGCCAGCCAAAAGAUUGAGAGGACUUAACUUGAGAUCGGCCCACAGCUCAUCAGACUCGGAAAGCGACUUCCAAGACACCCAGUGUGAAGACUCUCAAGACUCGGACUACUUCCCGGAUACCCAGGAGCAGCGAGACCGCCCCGCGGACUUCAGGAUUCCAAAGAAUGCGGCCUACGAUCCUCUAGACUUAAGCUAUAAUUGAAAAUCAUCAGCCUCAUACCCGAAUCUAUUCCACUGCAUAAUAUGUAGUCAUAAUGAAACAUUGAAUUCUGU